AUCAACCACAAGCGCCGUGGGCCCCGCCUCCUCAGGAGCUUCUCUGAGAGCAACGCCACGAUCGAUGAAUCUGAACCCAUCGGUCUUGAUCAUAAGAUUGAAGGGGAUGCUGAUGGAGAGAAUUCAGAAAAGGUUGUUGGUAAUGGUGCUCAUAGUGAUGUGGGAAAUGGGGGUAUUGGGGAAGAGGAGAUGAAGAAUGGUGCGGUUGUGGAGGUUGAAAGAGAGGUGGAGUUUGAUGAUUUCCUUGAUUCUCGAGAUUCGAUGAGUACGCCUGGCAAUACUCCGAGCAAAGAGGAAUUGGACGGGAGCAAUUGGGGGGAGCGGUCGUGGAAGGCGAGUACUCCUGCCGGGGAGUAUUAUGAUGCAUUUGAAGAGAUCUCCAGUGACGGUACAAGAUCAUCUUCUCGAAAUGUUAUUGAAGAUGAGCUACGUGAGAUGAGGUUCAAUCUUCUAAUGGAAAUUGAGAAGAGGAAACAAGCAGAGGAAGCCCUUGAAAACUUGAGAAGCCAGUGGCAAAGUCUUAGCAAGCAACUAUCACUUGUGGGUUUAACACUUCCCGCCUUUCCAGAUACAGAUGAGACUGGUGAACAACCAAAUCCUAACCCUGCUGAGGAGUUAUGCCGGCAAAUUGCUAUUGCACGUGCUGUCGCUGGUUCUAUUGGAAGAGCAUGUGCACGCGCUGAGGUUGAGAUGGAGAAGAAACCUCAAAUUGAGUCCAAAAACUUUGAGAUUACUAGGCUUUGGGAUCGUCUACAAUACUAUGAAACAGCAAACAGAGAGAUGUCUCAACGAAAUCAAGAGGCUGUCGAAAUGGCACGGCAACAGCGUCAGCAAAAAAAGAGAAGGCAGAAAUGGAUUUGGGCCUCAGUUGGUCUCGUUGUAACUCUGGGAGCAGCAACUUUAGCAUGGUCUUAUAUUCCGUCUUCAAAGCCUCCUCAUGAAGCUGAAUUCACAGCCAGCCAUAGAGAUUAAACUCAAAAACAUCAUAUGAGACACAUGAGGUUGUGUCUGUCUUUUCAUAUAAAGAAUCUUAUAAGCUCAUGUAUAAAAUGGCCCUUCACCUUUCUUGAAGUACAGUGUAAAGGCUUCUUCCUCUUUGUGGUCAAGCAAAUAACAUUGUGGAGGAACACUUGUUUUUCUUAUUCUUUUGCAUUGUGAUAUCAAUGCAGUCACAGAAUGAAAUUUGAGAGAAGGUAACCGGUAAGUUAACUUUGGUUGACGAUGGUCGUGAGGUGUUUGUUUGUCGCACUGGUGAUGUUUGUUUUUAGGGUUUAUCUGAAAGCCUGAAAUA